AUGGGAUCAUCGAACAUCAGAGAUAUAUUGACUGCAUUUAGUCCUUCUCUGGACUACUUUGCUUUUAGUUCUGGAGAUGGUCCUAUUAAGCUAACUUGGGACACUUUGAAGGUUCAAAUUCAAACUGAAUUUGCAGACAUUGUAUCAAGUGAAGCAACAAGCAUAAAUGCUAAGUCAGAAAGAGGGUAUCGUUCAAUAGAUUACAAAUGUAUGAAGUGGUUGUCUUUUGACAAAAAGAAGAAAAGGAAACUUGGAAGUUCUUUGCUCGUAUUGGGAACUGGAAGUGGAGAUGUCUUAGCCCUUGAUGUGUCGGCUGGUCAGCUGAAGUGGAAAUUUAGUGGUUGCCAUCCCGGGGGUGUCAGUGCCAUUGCAUUUGCUACGAAUGCCUCUUGCAUUUAUAGUGCUGGGGUUGAUGGGAUGGUUUGUGAAAUUGAUUCAUUGAUGAGAAAUCUAUUGCGGAAGUUCAGAGCUUCUACUAAGUCUAUAUCUUGUUUGACUGUCUCACCAGAUGGAAAGGCAUUAGUUACUGCAGCUGCACAGUUGAAGACUUUUGAUUGUUCUAAUCACAAAAAGAUACAGAAGUUUACUGGACAUCCGGUAUCUGUUCGGUGCUUGAUAUUUACUGAAGAUGGAAAAUUUAUCCUAUCAUCUGCUGCUGCUGAAAGAUAUAUUGCUGUAUGGAAAGCAGAAGGCAGAAAAAAGCAGUCCGCUAUUUGUGUUUUGGCAAUGGAGCACCCUGCUGUCUUUAUAGAUAGCAAAUGUGUUAACGAGGAAAUCUAUGUUUCUGCGAUUUCGGAAACUGGUGUUUGUUACUUUUGGUAUGGUCAGGAUAUUGAGACAUUGCGCAAUGCCAAGCCCACCAAACUUUCAAUAUCUUUAGAAGAUGGUUUAUCUAAACCUCACAAAGGUGCAUUGCCUACAAUAUUUGCUGCAAAAUUGCAAGGUGUUGCCAAGCUAGCAUCUGUACAUGCGUUUCUUGCCCAUGGUUUUCUGGUAAAGCCAUUGUUUCAGAAAAUUGUGGUGCAAUGUGGCUCGGACAUAUUAUUGAGUAGCUCCCAGGAUGGGGUCCUUUUACCAAGGAGUCAACCCCUUAACAAAUCAAAGAAAGGGCUUAAUACACUGAAUAGAGUAAUUGCUUUGUUUCGUGCAAAUGUCGAGGAUGUCACACUUCCAAUCCCGAAGAUAUUUAAUCUUCAUGAGGGAAAAGUGGAUAGACGUAGAAGUUUGAGAGUUGAUACUAACGAUGUAAUGACUGAUUCCAUUGACCCUAGGAGCCAACCGGAAUUCGUGGAUGGAAAAGAUGACGAUUAAAUUAGAAGCCGGUUCAAAAGAACUUUGUAUGGAGCAUAACGGGUCAUCUUUUAACAUUGGUUAGCAUGAG